ACCUGACCCCGUGCUGGCAAUGGCCUCUCACCAUGUGAUCACGUUCCAGCCUCAGCUUUCAGCUGCCCCGCAGGCAGGCGAGUGGCAGUCGGGGCUGAUGGACUGCUGCUCUGACUUCAGCGUGUGUAUUUGCGGAGCCUUCUGCUUCAGCUGCCUGGGGUGCCAAGUGGCUGGGGACAUGGAUGAGUGCUGCCUGUGUGGCCCCACCAUGGCCAUGAGGACGCUCUACCGCACCAGAUACCACAUCCCGGGCUCCCUUCUGGGUGACUGCGCCGCCACCAUGUGCUGCCCCAUGUGUGCGCUCUGCCAGCUGAAGAGAGACAUCAACCAGAGGAAGGAGCUGGGCAUAUUCUGACCGUCUCCAGCACCAAGACGCAGA